AUGGUCCAACUGCCGGGUUUUGCUCAUCCUUCAUAUCCAAAUCAUGUUUGUAAGCUCCAUCGCUCUCUUUAUGGCCUUCGCCAAUCUCCAAGAGCCUGGUUUACAACAUUGCGAGAUUCUCUUCUCGCUCAGGGAUUCACAGAAUUGAAAGCUGAUGCUUCGCUCUUCAUAUAUCACACAUCAUCGGAUAUCACCCUCAUUCUGGUGUCUGUGGACGACAUCAUCAUUACUGGAUCAAAUGCUUCCAUGAUCCAGUCCAUUAUUGGUCGCCUCUCCAAUGAAUUUUCUUUACAUGAUCUCGGCCCACUUCACUUCUUUCUUGGCAUUCAAUGUACACAGACAUCUACUGAUCUUCAUCUUUCUCAAUCUCAAUAUGCUUAUGAGAUUCUCAAGCACACAAAGAUGACCGAAGCCAACCCAUGUUCCACACCGAUGGCCACCAGUACCAAGCUUGUUGCAGAUCCUUCCUCACCCUUUGAGGAUCCCUCUCUGUUUCGUAGCACUGUAGGUGCCCUUCAAUAUCUUACAGUGACACGACCUGAUCUAGCCUACUCCAUGAACAAAGUAUCACAGUUUAUGUCUCAACCAUCUAUAUCUCAUUGGGUCACUGUUAAGCGCAUCCUGCGCUACGUCAAACACACCCUUCAUUUGGGUCUCACUAUUACCAAGAGUUCAACAUUUCAAUUACAUGGUUUUAGUGACUCCGACUGGGCUGAGUCGAGCAUGAGGUGGCAGCAUGUCGGAUUCGUCAUCGGCCGGAUGUCGAUCGUUUUGAAUACUUGUGACAACCCAGAACUUGUUAUCCAAUUUCAAGCCCUAUCUGGAGAUCGGCUCACUGAGGACAUCAUGUCACUACCUGUACCUGGUUUGCUGGCAGAACCUAGAGAUCCUACAACGACUACUAGUAAGGAAACACCAUCAUUACUGACCCGUUCAACAUCUUCAAUUUUGCUUUCUCCACCGGCCGACAGUGACAGAAACUACUCCGUCAAUUGUUCGAGAGAGCUCUUCGGUUGCACCUUCGAAACUGCAACUGCUAUAUAUCUUCAGUUAUAA